UAGCCCUCGAGAUCUCGUGUUAUUCGCUGGCAGACGAGUGUCAACGGCUGCCGAACGAGCGUGAUUACUGUUACAUGUUGUGGUGUGAAGUUGGUCGGGCGUUUUGGCGACAUGGGCAGCUUGGCGAUACAAGUUCUGUGACUUCGCUGGGAACAAAAUUUGAAGUGAAGCGGUGAAGCAGUGGAACCCGCUCCCUCGUAUUGUGUACGUGACAUGAACGGCAGGAGCGGGCGUGCGCCAGCGCAGGGAAAGGAGCCUCGUCCGGCGUUACGUCAGGGCGCGGUGGCGGCGGGUUCGGCCGAGAGGCACGCAGAAGGCCGCCGGCGAGGAGGCAGUGCCGCUCUGACCGCACACUGGCGCAGCUGGGGAUCCCUCCGGAGCCGCCGCUUCCUCCUGCACAGCCGCAGCCGCUACCGGCGGCCGUUCCAGGGCGACUCAGGGCGCGCGUCAGCCAACCACCAGCGUGGGUGUACAGGGGCCGAGGUAACCUCUGACUGACAGGCCUUCUCGUUCACCAGCGGCGUAGACAAGUUGGAACCUAACGUCCAGGGUCCUAUCCGGUUCGACAGCUCCGAGAAACUCGGCCGGCACCAGAAGAUCUUCUGCCUCUACCUCAACUGAUGUCCAAGGCCACUCCUCCAGGAUACUAAACUGCCUUGGAUAGGUGAAGCUCUACUGUACGGCUCGGCGACAGGGACCAGAGGAACAUUCGGCAGUGCAGCCUUCUCAGUUGCCAACGCUGGGACAAAUCUCUGCCCUCGGGCGCAGCUAGCUCAACAGCCAGUACUAACAAACUCAAUCAGUACUAGAAGAUCUUGUAUGUCUGCUUCAGUUACUGUCCAAGAGUGAGGCCACAAGUGUCUGUCAGACCGUGAAGUUGGACUGAGAUUGGAGCAACAUAGUGGUGCAGUUCUGACAUCUACUAUCCUUGACGGUCCUGUGCCCAGAUUGUACUGACAAAGUCUGCCUGCACCAUAUGCUCUUCUGUGUCUGCACGAACUGGUGUCCGAGCUUGGGUAGGACCAAUGGUGCUGAAGGAAGAUAGUCAGAAAAUCCCAACGUGAAGUCGCACAGUACCAUUGGCCCAGUGUUCAACCUUCUCUUCAAUAGCAGAAUGUGCAUCUCUACAGAGAGGAGACCUAAUGCCUGAGGAUGAUACACAUCGACACAGAUCAGUGUUGAGAGACAGAGAUCUGGGUGUGCCGUCUUCACAUCUACCAGCGUCUAGUUGUCAGUGUCGACUAUCAUCGGAAAUUCUUUGUGUAUCUAUCUCAACUGAUGUCCAAGAAUGAUCGAAACCUUUGGUGGUAAUGAGACAUAGUCUGCUACAGUUCAAAGCGAAAUCAGUCGUAAAGCUGAACGAUAGACGCUAGAGCACAAGUAGAAGUUUAUCCUUUUUUUUCAACGGUAGAGUACGAUGGGUGUGGCUCCACAUGAAGAGUGAAUCCACGACAGACGAGUCCCUAUAGUCCACUUCCACCAAGGUGACAGUCUCAACCAACGCCAGAAAUUACUGAACCCAAUGAAAACUGCGACUUUUAGUCGCAAUUGCAGUUAUUUAGUUUCCAGAGAUCAACGCCAGUCCUAUUAUCCAUAAUAGAAAGGCACAUGAGAAAGCUGUGGCAGCUAAACCCAGAUGACAGCAACAGCAGAAGGCCCAUAUUGAAAUUGGAAAGUCUUCCAGGGGUUCCACUGUAGCCUUUCACCGUCUGACCUCCAAUAAAGCCAAAAUUUUUCAUGUUCCAUUUCCAACUGCUGCUAUUUGUAGUAAAAGGAAACUGUCUUUCAUUGAACAACACAAGUCCAAACGAAAAGCUCUAUGGAAUAAUUGUAGGCUUCUCUCUUCAUCUGGCCACUGAAAAGUUUUGGACUUGUUAACUUGUUAUUAACAGAAACGUUCGCCACUCAUUCUGGGACAGAUCAGUUCCAAGGAAACGAGUAUAGCAUAUUCUGCCAACGUCCACUGAUAGAUGUCUGGCACCUCGAACCUGCAGUGACUUUUGAGACAGUCAUAGCCACAUGGAUCAUAGGCCCAUCGAGUAUCUUCUCGCGUAGAGGCUAUAACAACUGUAUAUUCAGUGGAGAUGCUGAGUAGGAUCGGGGUGAACAUUACUCUUCCACUGUAUAUGGAAUCAGACCACCACUAGUGCUAUUACACCUGAGUACAUAGUGAAGAAGGCGUACUAUCUACGAUCAUCACAUAGUGAAGGUAGUGGAUCCUUCUGAUUGUUGGUUGCAUCAAAUACACUGGGUUUAAGUGGAUGCCCACAAGAACAAUAUUGGUUAUCGAGUUGGCCGUUGGGCCGAGGAAUCUGAUCAGUAUCGAGCAGCGGCAUCUACUCCAAUUGCGAGCCCACAUAUAACACUGGAGAACAGACUGAGGCAGCUGUAAUAGCUCCUCCUGUUAGCGCAUACUACAAAGCGAAUGAGAUUUGCUUUUAUGUUGGAUUGUUAUAGGCCUGUUGAACAAACGAAAGUGUGGCCAUUUCCUCAACCGGUGCCGUGUACUUUGUGGAUACUCUUAUUAAUCUAGUCAGGAGUGCGCAAUAACUUUGUUGGAUUCCCACUGAGAAGGAUCAUUGUCGCUUUUACUUCAGAAAAAAAUGUGUUGAGAGAGCGCAGUCACGUAAGUGUUGUGCUUUUAGGUGUUUUUCUUGGUUAAAUAACAACUGUUUUCUGAAAAUGGACACAUCCACCUUUCUUCUGUGAUAAUAUUACUGUGCUACCCCAUUCAACAGAAGCUGGAAUGAACGGGCAAGACUGAGUAGCUUUGUUGUGUCGAGUUCAUCAGCGUCGUAUCACGACUUCGAUACUCUGAAAAUACCACCUGACAUACAUCCGAAACGAACAUAGCAUUUUAGACUGACGAAACGUACAGAACAAAACUGGAAGCACCAAGAGGAGCUGCAAGGGUUCAUGCAGGAUCCAUUGAACUCUCCAUUUCGGUGUAUUUUAUUAAUUUGAGUUUCCCUCCCAGAGGUAUACAGGAAGAUUUAAUUACAAUUGAACCGUUUUUCUACGAGAGAUAAAUUAGGUCCUGAAGAUGAAAUUGGUGGCUGUUUAGUAAAAAAAGUUUCGAGUACUUUGCCCAUUCAAACACAAUGGCGUUGUGUCUUGUAGAACUUUUGGAGGAUUGUAGUUACCCAACGCAGGUCUUUAAUUUCACUUCCCAAAUUCUCACGUAAGUGUUUUAUAGUUUUUGAGUGCGGGCAGUAGUAAUUGGUUUCCUCUUACUCUUACAAGCAGCUCAUGAAAUCAUCUUUGGAUGGUAUACUAGCUGCAAUGAGACACAGCAUCUCACAACACUGUGAGAGCAUAAGUUCUCUGGAAAAAUACUCUACAAAAAAAUAGCGCACAAACAGUCUAGUACUCGUGUUGGAAGAAAUACUCGUGAACUAAGUGCAAGAAUACCGUCCCGCGUUACUUGUGAUUAUCUGUUCCGUUAGAUCAGCAACCAGCGCUUGACGCAAUACAAAUUGGAAAAUGGCUGCCAGUUUCCUGAAGAUGGCUGUCCGUCGCCAUUGCCGGCUGGACUCUGGGUGCCGCAGUCAGUUCUCUAUUCCGGCUCUCGCCUCGUUUCUGGUGAUGGUGCUAACGACAACGCAUCCGUCGUCUGCGAAGAGGCUGCGUUUGGGCGACGGCAUGGAGACUGCAGACUCUCGUGUACUGCAACGUCAGAAUAUCGUGGAGGGACAUCUUCAUACAGGCUCGACACCGGCUGAUGACGCUGAACUUUUGCUGACAUUAUUACCUGGUGGGGAGCCUGAACUACCAGAUACGAGGUUCUUACAUGAAGUUAGAGAAGGGGACCGCGGUCCACACUUACAUGAUCGAGCUCCAAGCCCAACUGGUAAGGACGAAGAAGAGCUUCAGCCUUCUCUAAACGAGUACAAAGUCUCAAAGAAACCCUAUCGUAAGAUACUGGAUGGCCAUGGUACAGUGGUCGAGCAGUUGCAUACAACAGUGUGGGAUUCAAAUAAACUUGUGAAUGAUGGCAAUCCAGCUGAUGCUGAAGGCGACGGGAACAGUAACCUCGAUUCUCCAUAUCAAGAAAUGGCAGAGUCUGUUCUGUCUGGCGAACACGAGGAGAGUAACAUCAAACGUUCUGUUCGUCUGCCACGUUCCCCAGUUACAAGUCGUGAUUUCCUCGGAUUCUUCUCCAGCCAAAACGGAUAUGGAGUGGAUGAAGCACAAGAACAGAGACCCUUUCAUGUGUCAACUGGCUAUGACAGUUCAGAAUCAAGUGUCAACCCGCACGUGGUAAAUAACCAGCAGCAGUACCUACAGGAAGGGCAGUGGAAUAUACAUACACCCCAAAAUACACAUGCCAGUGCGGUUACAGAAGCACUGUACCCACUACACCAGAGAAACUUGUUACAAAUUCGUAACGGGAGAGAAAAAAUCUUCCCACAGACCCCACUUGGAGGAAGGGCAUCGUUUGGAAAUGGAGAAUAUGCUCCUUCCGCUUUAGGCAGAGAAUAUAUUAAAAACACAUUCCCCGCAAAUCUUAGGAACUUCAUUUCCCAGGCAAAUGUUUCCCAGAAAAAGACACUGCAGAAUAAGAAGAGGGAUUUGUCACGACAACAUGUCACUCUCGGGGAGAACGUGGAGCCUGGAACAUCACAGAAGCCUACAUUGUACAGAUCUUCUGCAUUGGAGGAGUUCAACAGAAAUGGCCGUCCUAUUUUGGAAAACGCUAUCACGAGAAUGGUUAUGGGAGGAGAAGGACAAUGGGAUAGAAUUGCCACAGAUCAUUUCUCUAAGCUGUUCCAGCCAGUGUCACACAACGAGGCAGUAAGUCUCUCUUCGCAGCACAGCGUUCCAGUAGCUGUGUCUGAACAAGUGGUGUCCAUCUUGCCGAUAGACGACAAGCCGUCUGAAUACGACCACACGACAAGUUCUGUAUCACCAGUUGAAGAUCUGGGUGGUUCUAUAGAUGAGGGAGCUCUUGUUCUCGAGACCAGCGAUCAACAGAGAUUUUGGUUGGAGGGAGAAAGUGGUCUACUGCAUGAUAACAUCUUCAUCAGACCUGAUUACCAGAGUGGACUGAACCCAACUAUGGAGCCCCAUGUGGGGAUCAGGAUCUUUAAGAGAUCAGUGGGCACUGGAGGACUAAGGAAAGGCGGUGUUCCCCACUUGGUUAAGAUGAUGCAAGAAGGAGCUGGCAGUCAUACCUCAGCAGCACUGUCUAAGAGGUCUCCUCUGUCUACUGGGUAUGUUGCUGGCAUCACUGCUGACGUGGAUCACCACCAGCACCAUGAGCACAUGGCCGUGGCAGCGACUGGUGCUGCUCAUCACCACGACUCUAUUCCUCCGGCUGUCAUCCUAUCGUCAGGACACCACCACAGCGGCGACACAGCCCACCACCUGGUAGCGAAAUCUGAAACCACAGUAGGGGGUAGCGCCGGUGGCGCCAGCAGCGGUCGCGGUCCGAACCAGGAGGGCUCUGGGCCUGGCGCUUUGGUGGUGCUGCAUCCGCCACAGCCGCUGGUCGCCGCGCACGCCGAUGACGACACCAUACACGUCAUCGCCGCAGUGCCGUUCGCCGUCGCCCACCACCACGAACUCCACCACGAGGCAGACCACGUGCUGUCGAAGAGCACCACGCUGACGCUGGCCCCGCACGACAGCGACCCACACGUGCUGGCCAAGACGACGACGGUGACGACGGUGACGCAGCACGACGCGGCGCCGCUGCUCGUGGUGCACGCCGCCGACGCUCCCGUGGUGCUGCUCCGCCGCCCAGCUGCUUCCCAGUCCUCCACGUCCACCACGACCGUCCACAAGCCGCCAGCCACACACAACCUGCUCCGCGCGGCCCUCGGCGGCUUCGGAGUCGGGGUCGCGUUCGGUGGCGCCGGGGCGGGACACGGCUUCUAUGCAGCAGGGUGACACACCCGCUCACUCUGACUCCACAAAUAACGAUCGCGAUUUAAUGUGUUUAUGUAGAACAUCCGUCCAAUAAAGAGCAGAUUCUAUGAGGUGGUA